UGAAUCUCCGGCGGGCUGCGGCUGGAAGUGCCGACCCCUCAGUCCGGCAUGGAGAUCCCGGGCCCCAGCACACCGUGCCCGGUGCAAGAGCAGCGUGCCCGUUGGGAGCGGAAACGCGCCUGCACUGCCCGGGAGCUGCUGGAGACCGAGCGGCGCUACCAAGAACAGCUCGGGCUGGUGGCCACGUACUUCGUGGGGAUUCUGAGAGCCAAGGGCACCCUCCGACCACCAGAGCGCCAGGCCCUGUUUGGGCCCUGGGAGCUCAUUUACGGCGCCAGCCAAGAGCUGCUUCCCUACCUCGAAGGAGGGCGCUGGGGACAGGGGCUGGAGGGCUUCUGCCCCCACCUGGAGCUCUACACCCAAUUUGCUGCCAACGCUGAGAGGUCCCGGACCACCCUGCAGGAGCAAUUAAAGAAGAACAAACGUUUCCGGAGGUUUGUGCGACUUCAGGAAGGUCGCCCUGAGUUUGGGGGCCUUCAGCUCCAGGACCUGCUCCCUCUGCCUCUGCAGAGGCUCCAGCAGUAUGAGAAUCUUGCCAUUGCCUUGGCUGAAAACACAGGUCCCAACAGCCCUGACCAUGAACAGCUCACAAGUAUGUUCUUGCUCCUCCACAGCAGUCCUUGGAGACUGCUUCUCUUACUCUUCAAGAAGUUAGACUCUGACCCUGGUCCUCUCUGGAAUAGCCUUUCACCACCACUAUUCACCCAAAGUUGGGCUGGGAGUGGGGCAUGGAAUAUUAUUCCAGGGGCUGCCCGGCGGAUAAGUGACACUGCCCAGAGAGUCCACACCAUCAGUCAGAAACAGAAGAAUGACCAGCACCUCCAGCGUGUCCAGGCUCUGCUCAGUGGACGGCAGGCAAAGGGGCUUAUCUCAGGCCGCUGGUUCCUACGCCAGGGUUGGCUGCUGGUGGUGCCUCCCCGAGGGGAGCCUCGGCCCCGAAUGUUCUUCCUCUUCUCUGAUGCACUCCUCAUGGCCAAGCCUCGACCUCCAUUGCAUCUGCUGCAGAGUGGCACCUUUGCUUGCCAGGCCCUCUACCCCAUGGCCGAGUGUCAACUCCACAGGGUCUUUGGCCACUCAGGAGGGCCCUGUGGUGGACUGCUCAGCCUGUCCUUUCCCCACGAGAAGCUACUGCUUAUGUCCACAGACCAGGAGGAGCUGUCGCACUGGUACCACAGUCUGACUCUGGCCAGCAGCAGCCAGAAGAACUAGAGGCAUCUUACAAAUUCGAGUCCAGGAUACCUCAGGGAUAGGUCAGAGUCGGGAGUACAAAGGAAUCUUCUUCAGUACUAACAAAACACAGACUCUUCACCGUUUGAGAAGGGUCAUUCUGUGUUUGCGUGAGACCAAGACACGCCAUGUCAUUUGACCAGCUCUUGAGAAUCAGGACACCAAACCUGACCCAAUUGAACCUCAGCUGAACCAGCUAUUUUUAUGUUGUAUGUAGUUUCUACAAUUUAUUUUCCCACAGGAUUUUAGUAAAGUUUUUUCCUUUUUGGAGAA